UUUUUUGGAAUAUCAGUAUGAUUUUUAUCAACUAUAUCAAUCAUUAUCAAUUAUUGUUGGUUCCUUACCAUAUUCUAGUUAGCUACCAAUCGAAAAAAAAAAAAAAAAAGUCAAGCGUUUACACUAGAGUUAAAAGAACGAGGAAAAAUUACAAUUGUAGAAGAGAGAAAAAGGCAAUUAGUACCAAAUUGAGUGGUUUUAAAAUUUUACAAGAGGACCAACAAAUUAUACGCCCCUUAAAUAUAGCGUGGUGGAAUGUCCAACUUCCAUUCAUUCAUUCUUCUUCUCUUCUUCUGGAGCUAAGUGCCUAAGCUUAAAUGGCGUCGUUUUUGUCUUCUCUCCCUGCCGUUUCCGCUCGUCCCAUCCCCACUAGUGCCUUCCCUCUCAGAAAACCUCUCUUUCAAACUCCACCCACCUUGCAUUUCAAAAAUCAUAGGUUUGCCGUUAGCUGCAGUUACGCAGAAGCAGGUGUCAACGCUGAUUCUAGCUCUAACACCAUAGAUGUUGUGGCUGAUGUUAGAAGUGAACGGAUUGUAGUCUUGGGAGGAAAUGGCUUUGUUGGUUCUGCCAUAUGCAAGGCAGCAGUGUCCAGGGGCAUAGAAGUAAUAAGCCUAAGCAGGUCAGGGCGACCUACUUAUUCGGAUGCUUGGGUAGACCAAGUUACUUGGAUUUCAGGAGAUGUUUUCUAUGUAAACUGGGAUGAAGUACUUGUUGGAGCUACCGCAGUUGUUUCAACACUUGGAGGUUUUGGUAGUGAGGAACAGAUGAAAAGAAUUAAUGGCGAGGCUAAUGUUGUGGCUGUGAAUGCUGCAAAGGAAUACGGAAUUCCCAAAUUCAUCCUGAUCUCUGUUCAUGAUUAUAACUUACCAUCAUUUUUACUUUCAUCUGGGUACUUUACGGGAAAGAGGAAAGCAGAAUCCGAGGUUCUCUCCAAAUACCCCAAUUCAGGUAUUGUCUUAAGACCUGCUUUCAUAUAUGGGAAGAGGAGAGUGAAUGGUUAUGAGCUUCCUUUGGAUUUGGUAGGGGAGCCAGCAGAAAAAAUUCUACGAGCAAUAGAGAACUUCACCAAACCUUUAAGUUCUCUUCCUGCAUCUGAUUUACUCUUAGCUCCACCUGUUAGUGUUGACGAUGUUGCGCUGGCUGUUAUCAAUGGUGUCACAGAUGAUGACUUCUUUGGUGUUUUUACAAUUGACCAGAUCAAGGACGCUGCCAAUAAAGUACGGGUAUGAAUAUGAUCCGGAUAUAGUCAAACGAGAUAAACCUGCAAUUACAAUAAUUGUACAGUCAGGGAGUAACUACAAUGAGGCCAUUUUCCUUGUGUUAAUACCGGUGGCAGCUUUUGGAGCACAAUCUUUUUUAAAUUUUAAGGGAGUAGUGUGUGACUGUGUGAGGAGAAUGGUGUUUAAAACAAUACUAAAUGUAAUAAAUGAGGUUCAUAUCUUCUUUUGUUGUCCAAGUAUUGUUAGUUUAUGAUUCGGACCAUUCUCGUGCCUGUAAAUUCUCAAACCUUCUAGCGAACUAGUGAUUUAAUUAGAGGCUAACUUGUUAGAUUUGUAAA